AUGUCCACAAACACCUCUGCCCCUGCCAAACCUACCCCCACUACAGGCCUUGACUUGAACAACAUUCAAGGCGACAUCCUUGGUGGGAUGCCAAAGAAGACCGAGCUCUACUACUUCUUCCAAAUCACCAACGCGUCAGAUUUCCGCAAACAUCUCAUCAAAUUCGCGCCUCUCGUCAAGACGGCCGCACAAGUCUUGCAGGACCGCAAGAAGAUCAAUGACUCGAAGAAACAUGGCGGCCACGGCUUGAUCCCCAUGAGCGGUGUAAACGUUUCAUUCUCCCAUCUCGGAUUCCAGAAGAUGGGAAUCGACGAUUCCACACUCUCCCUCGACGACUCGGACCCAUUCAAGCUUGGCCAACGCGUAGAUGCCGUCCAGAACUUGGGCGACCCAACCAAGCCCUCCGCUCCCGAGGUCGACCCUCUGCCCAACUGGGAACCCGAAUUCCUCAACGAUAUCCACGGUAUCUUUCUGGUCGCGGCCGAAAGCUUUGCCACUGCCCAGAAGAAGCUCAAGGAAGUCGAAGGGUUCUUCCACGUCGGAAAGCCUGAAGCGUCUAUCAACAAAGUCAAGUUGAUCGUCGGUAACGUUCGCCCCGGCAAGGAGCAUGCGCACGAACACUUCGGCUUCCUCGACGGAAUCUCUAAUCCCGCCGUGGCUGGUUUCGACCCAGUCACGCUCCCAGGACAAGGCCAGGUUCGACCUGGCAUCAUCCUGACUGGACAUCCCGGCGACGAAGACGGCAACGGGAACCCAAUCCAGCGUGAAUCCUGGGCUGUCGAUGGCAGCUUCCUCGCUUUCAGGUACCUCUUCCAGAAGGUUCCCGAGUUCAACGAAUACUUGAAGCAGAACCCACUCAACUUCGGCGAUUUGACGCCCGAAGAGGGAAGCGAGCUCUUGGGCGCUAGAAUGGUCGGCAGGUGGAAGAGCGGUGCACCCAUUGAUAUCACCCCCUUCAAGGAUGACCCCGAGUUGGCCAAAGACCCUCAGAGGAACAACAACUUCAAAUUCGAAGACCAACUCAAUUCACAAUUCAAGUGCCCCUUCGCCGCACACAUCCGCAAGACCAACCCGCGUGACGACCUUGAGUCACGCAACAUCUCAGUCGAGCCACGUCGCAUCAUCCGACGUGGUAUUCAAUUCGGCCCAGAGGUCACAGACGAAGAGAAGGAAUGCAAGCAAACAAAGGAAGAGCGUGGUCUACUCUUUGCUUGCUACCAGAGCAGCAUCAGGCGAGGAUUCCAAUUCAUGCAACAGAGCUGGGCGAAUGCGACGAACUUCCCGCCCUUUGAACAACAGCCUGAGGUUCCAGGAUUCGACCCUCUCAUUGGUCAAGGUGCCGACCGUAAGAUGUCGGGAUUGGACCCCAACCAGCCCACUAGGGAGUUGUCGUUCCCUGACUUCGUCGUUCCCCGAGGAGGCGAAUAUUUCUUUGCGCCCUCUAUCAAGGCCCUGAAGGAAACUUUGGGCGCUACUGCUUGA